AUGGCUUGCAAUGUUCAAUCACAUCUAUGGCUGAUGUGGGCCCCUAGAACUCCCUGGCGCGCAGUCCCUGCCUCUCCCGUCAUGACUUCCAGCAUCCUCGACGGCAAAACAAACGAGCUCUGUGGCCUCUACAACUGGCCAGCCUAUGAUCCACGACAAGGACACAAUCAAAACACCCCUCACCCAGCUCGGAAAGUGUAUGACAUCUUCCUCCUCAACACCGAACUCGACUGGCUCGAAAUCCGUCUUAACGAAUUAAAUGACCAAGUCGACUUCUUCGUAAUCGUCGAAUCUAACACAACCUUUACCGGCCACCCGAAGCCCUUGCUCCUCACCGACCUCUCCGUCUGGGCCAAAUUCGCCCCCUUCCACCAUAAGAUAAUCCACCAUAUCGUGGAAGGAGACGGCGAAAAUGUACGUAAAGCCUUUGACCGCGAGAAAUUUCAGCGAGACGCCGGCUUCACCCAGCUUUUCCCCACACUCGGCAAACCAAACGCGAAGAGUCCUCUUGCCCUCCUCCCCGCCACAGCUCCGCAGCUCGGCGACGUCAUUCUCGUCUCCGACAUCGACGAGAUCCCCCGCCCUGCCACUGUGACCUUGCUCCGCAUCUGCAGCUUCCCCCGGCGUGUCAAUCUCCGCAGCAGGUUCUACUACUACAGCUUCCAAUGGCUACACAAGGGCCCGGACUGGGCGCACCCGCAAGCGACAUAUUAUGAAGGCAUGGAAAAUACGAUAAAGCCGGACGACCUGCGUAUGGGGCGCGGGGGAUCGAUCGUGCAGAAGUUGUUCGGCGCUAAGGCGGACCUGUUCAAUGCGUCGUGGCAUUGCAGCUCGUGCUUUGCGACAGUGAAGGAGAUGCAGACUAAGAUCACCAGUUUUUCACAUACCGAGUAUAAUCGGCCGGAGUUUAUGAGUAAGGAACAUAUUGUCGAGGUGGUGAGGACGGGGAAGGAUUUGUUCGAUCGACCGUCUCAGGUUUAUGAGAGGGUUCAGUCAAAUCUAGACGUGCCGGCGUUCUUGAAGGGAGAGGCUGAGAAGAAGCGGUUUAGAUAUAUGUUGGAUAGGGAUGGAAAAGAUGGGGGUUUUGUGGAUUUUGAUUCUUCUGGAAACUGA